CAUAGACCUACAACGCUAAAGUCAACAUUAUACGUCCACUUUCAGCUCUGGUGGACAUCUAUGUAUCCACAUCCCGUAAAGCGCAACCACCCUCGGCGCAAGCGCUUCUGGUCAUGGAAAGACAACAAGCACUUCUUCCUGAAAUUGCUUCCCUGCACCUGGCCAUACUUAUCCAAGCGCGGGAAGCACGCGUGCGAUGAACUUCCGCCCCAUUCUGAGGUCGCCUACUGGUGGCCGGAACCAGUCCGGGAGCUUUCCUCACACCACCAGCCUCAUCAGCCGUUUGAGAAAGUCCAGAGUGCUACUGUCCCAGAGCAAAAUGAGACUAUACGGGAAUGCGGUCUCUUUCGCCUACCAUUGGAAAUCCGCCUUGCGAUCUACGACUUGGCCUUGGACUUUGGAGACAUUCAUCUUGCGAGGAUCUGCUACAAACAUCGUAGCACCGCGACGGAAUACAGGCUGGAAGCAUAUCCCUGCUUCGCGGCAGACGCGGAAAGGAGACGGAAGUGGAUGUGCAACUGUCUGACUAGCCACGCCUUCGCGUAUCUGCUUUACGGCAAUAUGUCGUGGAUCCCGGAAACGCGGUACCCAACGUCAACGGCGGCUCCAAAAGGAGGACUACGGGAGGUUAUGAAUCUCAUGUACACAUCUAGGGCAUUUUACCACGAUAUGUUCUACUUGUUGCACAAGCACCGCACGUGGCAAUUCUUCGAUCUCGACGCUAUCAUUAUGUUCGGCGUGACUAUGCCGCGCAUCCACUUCCAUGCCAUUCGCUCCGUCUAUCUCAACGCGAAGUACAUCGCGCCUCGCACUUCUUUUACCGGCAGUACAGAGCGCCUUCCGCCUACGUACAACAGCUACCUUCAUACACUUCCUAGCUUGCUCUCCACCACCUCCCCGUCGAACAACGAUAGCGUCGCAGGCGCCUGGUAUGCGGCAUGCGCGGUCCUAGGCAACAUGUCUUCGCUCGAGCUGCUGAAGAUGCAGUUAUGCCAUUCGGCGUUCGCGGAGUGGCUGUUUGCAAAGGCACCGGAUGUGUUGACUAGUAAUGAAGAAUGGGUAUUUGAGCCGUUGAGCGGGAUUGCAGAAAGGAGGGAGUUGGGGGUGUUUGAGGUCGAGGUUGAUUGGCCGCCGGGAGAGGAUGGGUGGGAUGAAAGGGAGAAGGGGUUUGAUCUGAAGAGGGUGGGGCCGAGGAUGAGAGGGUGGUGAGGAGAUUGCAAGCGCCUCAUUGCAGCAGCUCCUCUGGCAGCUGUGGACAUGGGAAGGUAGGUAGAGAAAAGCUUUAUUUUUGCGGAUUUUUAUGACUUCUAAAUGCUAAGCUAGACCGACACGCAAUGCAAAGAC